AUGUUUGAAGACAUGCAAAAGGAGGACUCUCGCUUGUUCCUGGUCUACGCUGCCAAGUGGAAUCUGAGGCAGAAGAAUAUUGGUCGCUCCAAUGGCUCGGAAUCAACUUUCCGGUGCCUUUCGUUCUUGGGUUACACGACACUUCCAGUGUACAUUAUCAAUAACAUCUACCUAUUCAUUGCCCUCAUCCUCUCAUAUACGGGAAUUGGUGGCGAUAUAUGUCGGUGUCUGUUGGGGUAUAGCUCGUUGGGCCGGGACGAUAAAAUUUCCAAAUCGAAGGUGGUGUUGGGCUUCCUCUCUGCUCCCCUGUUUCAAGCACCAAAGGCGAAACUGCGCAACUGUGGCAAGACCCUACUGUGGAAGGGCUACAAAAUAGACUACUCAAGGAAUCCAUCACUCGCUCGCUACGGCAUGAUCGACGAAGGGAGCAUCGUAUCUGGGUCCAUACAUCCUCCACCAGGUGGCGUGCUGUUUGCGGAGAGCCCGGCAAAGAGACCGCCAAAGGCGCACGAUCCGUGGGGCACAGAAACUUGCGCCAGGCGCGGACGCAUUCAUGGCCUUGGGACCAAGGCCAUCUAA